CUACAAAAUACAAUCACAAAAAAUACUUUUGAAACCCUAGGAUUCUUUCACUGAUUCGUAUCUCGAAAUCUCCAGAUUCCACCUUCCCUUCUUCUCCGACGAUAUCACAAAUUGCAAUCCCUCCCACCUUUUAUCUCUAUCACUAUCUCUCUCUCCACCGUCGUUUGUUACCGCCGCAGUAAAUCGGUCUUCGCCGGCCACCAUCACUCACAUCUCAUUCUGCCCAACAUACCGAGGAGCUAAGUGUCAUGUUUGUUAAAUUGCAUUUAGCUGUCUUGGCUGGAGAUUAACUGCUAUUUAGAGCUUCCGUGGCUCUUGCUUCCUUGAAAACACACAGAGAGUUAAACUUCUCGACUAGUGUUGAAUGGCCAUAGAACAAGCUGAAGUAGCUUCCCUAUGUUGGAUGGGAAGAUUGCUCAAUGUUGACAACAAUUGAUUCAGCAUAGGUAGACUUUUUUUUUACGUUUCCUGGAAAAUGGUGUUAGAAGAUGCAAAGAUUUGAUUCAAAGGUACCAUGUAUGAUUUUAUGGGUGUUUAUGAUUUACACCUUGGUCUUACGCCUCGGGCUGCCUUGUGGCGUGCAAGGGGCUACUGGAAAACGCCCUGGGCUAAAAUCUAUUUUAAAACUUUGGGAGUUUGCUGACAUGCCAGAAAAUUCUGUGAAUCCGGCUGCUUUUGGGGACAAUACUAAAUCAGGACCUGACUUUUUUGGGUUGUAUAAGGGUGAGAUUGAUGCAUUACUGUCUCAAGAUGAUAAUCUUCUGCCCCAUCUCCCUCCAGUUUCUCAAUUAUCUGGAGACGUUAAAAGGGUGGUUAGAGAAAAAGGCUCUAUGAAGAAGAGUUGCCAAACUGAAGGAAACAACACUACUACUGGUUCUGCUCCAUUGUUUUCUAAUGGAAUAGGAGCUCUACUUUCGGAUUUCAAAAGGGAAAGAUUACAGUUGUUGAUCAACCAGAGUGCUUCUACUCUCACGCAAGAGAUAGAUGAGAUGGAGAAUCCUGUCCUUUCUGUAUGUCGGAUUCGUUCAUGCUUAAGCCACAAAGAAAAACUUCUAAGCUUGGAAGCGUCAACACAUACGACAGAUCAACCGCAGCAUCCUAAAAAGAAGGCCAAAGCUAUUCCUCCAUGUGCGGAUUUGGAAAGUGAACAGAUCCAGCUCGAUGAUGAUUUGCGGUUUAUUUUAGAGCAUGAUAGCUCUAAGGUGAAGGAGCUCAUGGAGAGCUAUACUACUGAAAUUUCCACCACGCUGCAGCACAUGGAGACGAAGCUUGAAGAAAUUUUGAAUAGUGUAAUGACCACAUGCAGGGUGAUGACACUUGCUGAGAAGCAAGAGCUUCGUAGACGGAUUCAGAAGUUACCAGCCACGAGUCUUGACCGUGUUGUGGAAAUCCUUGAACAGGACAAUCCUUCACAGAAGUACUCGGGAAGCAUAUUGAAUGUUGAUCUCAGCGUAUUGGACAAUGUCACGCUGUGGAGACUAUACUUUUAUGUUGCGACUGUCGAAGCUGCAAGCCUACAAGUCCUCCAAUGAGGCUGAAAGGCUGAUGCCGAAAGUCUUUGAGGUUGAGCAUUUUUAGUAAUCCCUCACCAUUUUGUGGAGUUGGUGUUGUCAUAGUUGUAUAGAAUUUUGUGUGAUAAUGUACAGCUCAUGUUGGGUUCUAGUGCUGAAAACAUUGAAGCUCAUCUUUUGUGUUUUCUAUACAUGCGCAUAUCACUUA